UAAUGGCGUUUCUGUUUGAUCUAAAGGCCUUAGUGGACAUGAUGUCUAUUGGGACCCUUCUUGCUUAUUCACUUGUGGCAACCUGUGUCCUCAUUCUUAGGUACCAACCCUGUUUAACCUAUGAGCAACCAAAAUAUUCUCCAGAAAAAGCAGCUUUGGCUGCAUCUGAAAGGGAAUCUGUAGUAAGUGAAUCACAGAUAGAUAUGAUACAAAAGAAACACUUCAGUCUUCAGACCCUGAUUAAUCCAUCCAGUUUUCCUACUGAACAGACUUCAACUACUGUUAACUUUUUAGUGGGUCUUUUAGCUUGCUUGGUUUGUGGCUUGAGUGUCCUCACUACUUAUGGGACUCAUUUCAUUGCUAACUUGGAGCCCUGGAGUAUUUGCCUUCUUGCUGUGUUGGUGAUGUCCUUCAUCGUUACCAUUCUCCUCAUCCAAAGGCAGCCUCAGAACCAGCAGAAAGUGGCCUUUAUGGUUCCACUAUUGCCAUUUUUGCCAUCAUUCAGUAUCCUGGUAAAUAUUUACUUGAUGGUACAAUUAAGUGGAGACACUUGGAUCAGAUUUAGCAUCUGGAUGGCACUUGGCUUCCUCAUUUACUUUGCUUAUGGGAUCAGACACAGUCUUGAAGGUCACCGCAGUGAAGGAGAUGAUGAUUCGUGUUCAGAAAAUAGUGGAUUGCAAGAAAAGAACCCUUUGGAAGAAGUGGAUGAACCUGAAAAUGCAAAUGAAAGCGAUCGAUUUCUUGCACAUGAGAGGACAAGUGAAUGUUAGUCUAUGCAAACACACAAGCCUUUUAAACCUUUAAUUGACAUUUUACCUGCGGACUGAAAUUUCAAAAGCUUUCUGCUAACAUUGUGCCUCUUGAAAGUGUUUACUACAAGGCCUGGCUGAUAUUUUGGACAAGCUGCUAAUCCAUCUUCAUCAUUUCAGAACUGACAGCAUGGAGAUGAAUAUUUUAUUUAAAAAAAAACAAACAAGAGAAGUACCCUUUGGCAAGCCAAAAUUUGGAUGCGUUGUUUGAACUGUCAUCCAAAAUCGCUCUUAAUCACAAACCUUUAAGAAUUUUAGAACUGCCUGCAAGAAGCUCUGAAUAUUUGACACUGCAUUGUGAACACAAGUUCCUUUCAUACCUUCUCCUUAUCUCUAUUACGCGUUUUGG